AUGACUAAAACCUAUGAAGACUUGGAUGCAAUUACACAAUUGUUAGAAGAGAAACAAACAGAUCUUGAAUUGGCUGCAAAAAUUGGCAAAAAUCUAUUGGAAAGAAAUCGUGAUCUUCAAUCCAGACUGAUUGAAACAGAGAAAAAUUUAUGCGCACGUGAUGAAGUGAUAAGUCAAUUGAAUCAUAAUCUCAGUGUAAAAGACAGUUUACUACGGAUAUUUUUAAGGGAUUCUGAUCAACUUGCAGAUGGUAAUGAUGACCAGAUAAGUACAACAUCCAGUGGACGUGUAUCACCUAUUCGUAGUCAAGGUUUAUCAUCCAGUACUGGAGGUGAUGGACUCUCCUUGUCUUCAGUCAACUUUUCCCAGUUGAACAGAAAACUUCAAGAUUUAGAAGAAGAGAAUAAUAUACUACGUCAAGAGCGUAAUCAUUUAGAAAGUCGAGUUAAACAGUUGACAGCAGAAAAUGAAAUGUUGAUUAAUCGUCUGAAAGAAGCGCAAAUAUCACAGUCGUUAUUGACAAGUGAAUUGAAGACAUCACGUGAUAAAUACGAUGAAUGCUUAACACUGUAUAAUGAAGCAAGAUCGGAGAUUCGUGCACUACGGAAACGUUCUCGUCGUAGCUAUUUUCGUCCUGGUUCCCUAAUGUCUAACACAUCUAUCAUGAAUAGUCCAACUUCUUGGCAUCAUACACCAUCAUUGUCAUCUAAUUAUUUAAGUGGAAUUGCUAUAACACCUACUCAGUCAGAUCCAGAUCCUACAUCCUGUUAUAAUCCUUCAUCUUCGCAUCAAAACGUUAGUGAUGAUGACGAUGGCAGUUCAUCAUCACUGGAUAUGCUGGCUACACAACAACAUCCUGGUUCAGAUAAUUUAGAGACUACACUGGCUGCAGAUUUAGCGCAUACAAAAAUGAAAGAAUAUGCUGCUGAUAAUGUAAAACAUUUGUUUCGUGCUAUGGAACAAGUUCGAUCCACUCGUACACCGAGUAGUCAGCCAACUUCAUCAAUUGAUAAUAAUAAUAAUAAUCAUAAUAUAAUGCUGCCUGAAUCAGGACAAGAAGAUACAGUCUCCAGUAGUGGUUUUGUUAGUGGAUCAGAACCAUCAGAAAAUCUUCGUAAACAUAGAUCCGGUGGAAGUGAACAAGUUUCUGAUUCUGGAAGUCCUUAUGCUGGCAGACUACUGGCUAAUCAAAUAUUAGUCCUAUCCACUUACAGGAUGUUGAACGAAGACCAGGUUCAGGAGGUUAUCAACAACAGCAAACAUCAUCACUAUUAUCAAACCAGAUCGAAUCAUGAGCAUUUAUUGGAGUCUGAGAAACGACAUAGUUGGUUAGGCUGUUGUGAUAUCUCAUCCAAUGUCUCUGAGAAAGGAUAUCUUUCAGGUCAUGAUUAUAAUAUAAAGUAUAAAAAUAGUUUUGAUGAUAGCCUGCUAUCCUGUGAUCCUGAUGUGGUGGGAACUAAUCAGUUAUACUAUAAGUAG